AACAGAAAUUAGAUGCUUUUCAACAAGCUUUGCGUUAAAGAAUUAUGCAAUAAAAUCCCAUUUUAAAGAACAUCUCCGCUUUCCCCGCUAAUACCGGGACCGUGUCAAGAGAUGGCGGUAGUGAACACUGGAGCCUUUCUGAGUAGCAAGAAAGGAAAAAAGAACAACACAAACAACUACAAGAAAACCACAAAACCAAGAUGGCGGUGCAAGAAACAGCGUCCCAACUGUCCAUGGCUCUAAAAGUCCAAGAAUAUCCCACCCUGAAGGUCCCGUAUGAGACGCUGAACAAACGUUUCAGAGCAGCUCAGAAAAACAUAGACCGGGAGACGAGUCACGUCACCAUGGUGGUGGCAGAGCUGGAGAAGACGCUGAGCAGCUUUCCAGUGGUCGACUCGGUGGUGUCGCUGCUGGAUGGAGUGGUGGAGAAGCUCAGCGCUCUGAAGAGGAAGGCUGCAGAGUCUAUUCAAGCAGAAGACGAGAGCGCCAAGCUAUGCAAGCGUCGCAUCGAGCACUUGAAGGAGCACAGCAGUGAUCAGCCAGCUUCAGUCAGUCUGUGGAAGAAGAAACGCAUGGACCGCAUGAUGGUGGAGCAUCUGCUGCGCUGCGGCUACUACAACACAGCUGUCAAACUGGCCAGACAGAGCGGUAUAGAGCUGUCUUGAGUUUAGUCUGAGAAUCCAGGAGUUUAUCGAGCUCAUCAGACAAAACAAGCGCAUGGAUGCAGUCCGACAUGCAAGGAAGCACUUCAGCCAAGCAGAAGGGGGACAGUUGGAUGAGGUUCGGCAGGUGAUGGGCAUGCUGGCCUUCCCAUCAGAUACACACAUUUCCCCUUAUAAGGAUCUUUUGGAUCCAGCUCGCUGGAAGAUGUUGAUCCAGCAGUUUCGAUAUGACAACUACAGACUUCACCAGCUGGGAAACAACUCUGUCUUCACCAUCACCCUGCAGGCUGGGCUGUCUGCCAUCAAGACCCCUCAAUGCUACAAGGAGGAUGGUAGUUCCAAAAACCCAGACUGCCCAGUUUGCAGUAAAUCUCUAAACAAACUGGCCCAGCCGCUACCUAUGGCUCACUGUGCCAACUCUAGACUAGUGUGUAAGAUCUCUGGGGAGGUCAUGAAUGAAAACAACCCUCCUAUGAUGCUGCCUAAUGGAUAUGUGUAUGGAUACAACUCCCUGCUAUCCAUUCGCCAAGAUGACAAAGUGGUGUGUCCCAGAACCAAAGAAGUCUUCAACUUCUCUCAGGCAGAAAAGGUCUACAUCAUGUGAUCAUUUGAAUGAUGCUUAUAGUGUUAACAAGACCAAAUCCUGGCCUGUCAUCUGUGACCGGGUUAACUCAAGAGCCACCAGUGGAGCUGUGAUCCAGUACCCCCACCCCAUUCUGCUAGCUGGUCCAUCUCCCCCACCCCCCCAGUGUUGUCUCACAGAAACUGGGCUCUUCUUCUUUCAGACUGUGUUUUAGAUGUGGCUAGAAGUUGUUUGAACUGAUUCAUCCAAGCACAUGGACUACCAACAUGUCAUUAUCUUAAAGGCCUUUAUUCUGAAUAUUACUCUCUAGAGAAAAGGACUGGGUGGAAAAACUAGUAGUUAGAUGUUUGAUUUUACUACAGCAAAUAAAAAAACCUUGUUAAAUGUUA